AUGAGUCAAAACUUGACCAGCCCGACGGUAUCCAAUAUCGCCUCAUGGGCCCUUAAGUUCAGCCCGACAGCCUGGCUGAAGUCCUGGCUGUUGUAUCUCGGGAUUCAGACACAUGUUCGAGGAACUCUAGAGCCAGAGAUGAAGCCGUUGCACAAUGUCUGCGAGUAUCUCCACGCACUUCACAUUUAUACGGAUGAAGCACGCCGGGGAGAUGUGAGAACUGUAUCUGCCCACCACUUCUGUUCCCAUGUCAAUAAAGAUCUUCGGCAAUGCUUGAUCUACGACUCCUGCCGGCCGGACGCUCGACUGAUUGGCGUCGAAUUCAUGAUCCCUAAAUCCCGCUACGAAACCCUCGACCCGGAAGAACAAAAGCUGUGGCAUUCUCACGAGUUUGAAGUCAAAUCGGGAAUGCUGGUGCUCCCGUAUCCUGAAUCCCAUGCACAUCGCAAGGACGCCUGGGACGAGCUCGAGACCCAGGCCAUGGAGGAGGUGGUCGGGCUGUACGGCAAAUUGUAUCAUUUCUGGGAAGUCGACAAGGGCCACGAAUUGCCGUUGGGACAGCCAAAGUUGAUGGGCUCACUGACCGAGUACAAGCAAAUUGAUGUGGACAAGACGAUGGAGGAGAGGAACAGAGAGCAAGGGAUCGAUCAGCAGAAAAAGCGCCAGUUGAGAGAGUACAUUCCUGUGCCGGGAGUCCAUCCAAAUUCAGAUAGUUGGUGGACGGAAGCUCGGGCAAAGGAACAAGGGAUCUAUGCCCAGUAG